UUUUUAAGGACCAAUUUGAUAAAAUGAAAAAAAAAAAAAAAAUUUAUCAAACUAAAUAUAUUUUAAUUCAACUCAUUUACUCAUUUAUUCUCACAAUAAAUUAUGCAAAUAUUUCAUAGGGAAGUAAAAAUAAAGAGCAACUUACAACGUCAUUGUCGCCGCCAGGAACGUGGGGUCUACAAUUUGUUAAACAUAAAUAUGUUUGUUUACUCUAAUUUCAAAAUUUUUGUGAACUUUAUUCUGUUAUUAUUUUUUAUUCUGUAAGUAUCUUAUUUUUAUAUAUCGAAAAACUAUCAAAAACAAGUAGAAAACUGCAACCAAGGGGUUUUAAUAAAACUGAGACCGAGAGGUUUUAAUAUAAUUUGUGAACAAGUUUAUUAAAUUUUUUUGACUGCGACACUGUAAACAAAACAAAAACAAACACUAUAUAUCCUUAGUUAGGUUGACUUUUCAGUAUUUAAAACUUUUGGUUUGCUUUUUUUUUUGUUCUUUGUUCCAAGAUGACCUUUCUGUCUAACCACACAGCACCAUGGAAGAGCAUUAAACCAGGAAGUUUACGCCUCCUACCCUACGAAUGUCGCUUAUUGAACUGGAGCUAGCGUAGAAACAUAAACCUCUUGGUUCCGAGCCACUCUAACUACUGUGCCACGGCUGCCUAUAAAUAUUUUAUACUGCUAUGCGCAAUACAUGCAAUUGAUAUGCGCAAAUAAUAUCUUUAGUAAAAAAGUAAGAUUUUUCUGUUUUAUGCCUGUUUUAAGGCUUAAAAAAAUUCUUUUUUACUUUUACUCUUUAUCUUUUUUUUUUAUUAUGGUUGGUAUGGUUACGGCAAAUAAUUAGCAGUUGAAAAAAACCCUACUGAAGUUUUAAGCUGGAACAAAGUGAAUCGCGAUGCCUUCUGCGCGUGUCAGAUCAAACUAAACUGUUUUAGUUUUUACUCGAGUCACAAGAAGUUAGUGUAGAGCAACUGGUAAUUAUUCAGUAAAUUUUGUGGAAGCAAAACGAUAAAAGAAAAAUCCGCUAUCGGUCUUGGUUGUUCUGAAUAUUUACAUUAUAAAUGGCAUUGGUUUCUAUUAUCGUGCUGUUAUCUUUUUUUUGCGGAUUGUCAUUCGUAUUAAACGCGACGGUUAUUUUUGUGGUACUUUCAAAAAGUUCUAUAGACGCACGUGAGACAAUAUUAAUGAGUCUUGCAGUAUGCGAUGGUUUGCAGAGCAUUAUUGGGUUUCCAAACGAGAUUUAUGGGUAUGUCAACAAAGAUAAUCCGUUUAAAAGUGAAAGUUUAUGCAAAACAAGUGGCUUUGUUGUAAUGUGCUUAGCAAUAACUGCUAUCUCACACUUAGUUAGUUUAUGUAUAUACCGAUACGCAGCCAUUGUAUAUCCUAUGGAAACACAAGUGUUUGUUACUAGCCCUAUUAAAGUUACUUUAUACUUAGUAUUACCAAAUUGGAUUUACGGAUUAUUUUGGUCAAUAACCCCUUUUUUGGGGUGGAAUGAGAUUGUGCGUGAAAAACAAGAUACUUAUAGGUGUUCAAUCAAUUUGUAUCCCAAUGAUCAAAUAAAACAAAGUUAUCUGUAUGCACUUACUAUUUUUUGCUACUUUUUACCAUUAUCAAUAAUCAUUUAUUGCAUAAUAAAAGUGCAUUUAGAACUUCGGUGCAUGCUCAAAUUAGGCAAACAGAUUUCAGGGGCAGAUGCAAGCAUUACGAAGGCUACAUAUAAAUUAGAAAAAGAACAUUUUAUAUCCGUUUUUCUUAUUGUAGUUUCAUUUUUUACUGUGUGGACUCCUUAUUUUAUUUGCGUUUGUUUCUUAGUUUAUGGUCGUAGUCUACCUAGCGGCUUUUUAACCUACUGUGCUUUGUUUGCAAAGUCAUCAACAAUCAUCAACCCAAUUGUUUAUUGUAUUGUGUACAAAGAGUUCCGUCAAACAGCAAUAAGCAAAGUUCGGAAACUCUUACGAAGGCCAGCUGUUGCACCAAUGCUGGUGUCGCAACUUUCAACAGCAGCUGCACCAACAUUAGCGCUAUCUGGGUUAUAAUUUCAUCUGAUUAAAUUAAAGUUAAAGACUAUACUGUUCGAAUAAUUUUAAUGAUGAACUUUAAAACUAAUAAUGAAAACGAAAAAAAUGCCAGUUAACUUAUUACCAUACAUUCCGCUAAAAAUGGUUAAAAUAGCAAUAAAAAAUUAUCAAAAAAGACAAAAUGUGAUUAUAGUUUUUGUAAUCAAAUAGAUUGCCCAAAACAAAAAGUUACUUUAAUGUCUUACUCGAGCGCCCACGGGAUUUGUUUUUAUAUUUCAGAUGAACACUUUCACGUAUUAUGCAAACUGCAAACCUAAGUUUGUUCAUGGCCAUACCAAACGAGAUAGCAUUGCAAAAAAUCGCGAUGAUGGAGGCGUAAGAACAAAAAUACACUAAUAGUUCGGCCCACCAGCACAAACAUUAAGACAGAUAUAUAGUAAAAUUUUCAAUUUUACUAUUUUAUACUAUAUUUAAAAUCAUUG